AGGUUGGAAAGCAAAUGCUUGGGAUUCCGUUUAUUUCCUCUACGUACAGACUAACGAAGUUCACACUAAAGUAUGGCUGAUCAGCUAACAGAGGAGCAGAUUGCUGAAUUCAAGGAGGCCUUCUCCUAAUUUGGCAAAGAUGGUGAUUGCACCAUCACUACUAAAGAGUUAGGGACUGUCAUGCAGUCCUUGGGCCAGAAUCCUACAGAGGCAGAGCUUCAGGAUAUGAUCAAUGAAGUUGAUGCUGAUGGCAAUGGAACAAUUGAUUUCCCAGAGUUCCUUACUAUGGUGGCCAGGAAGAUGAAGGACAUGGAAAGCGAGGAGGAGAUCAGAGAAGCAUUCAGAGUUUUUCAUAAGAAUGGAAAUUGUUAUAUUAGUGCAACAGAGUUGCGGCACGUCAUUACAAAUCUGGGGGAGAAGCAUACAGAUGAGGAAGUGGAUCAGAUGAUCCGGGAGGCAAAUAUUGAUGGUGACGGCCAGGAAAACUAUGAGGAGUUUGUCCAGAUGAUGACUGCAAAGUAAAACCUGGAAACCAAAGGAGCACAACAGACCAAACAGUGGGCAGCACUCUCACUGUCAACCUUCAACAAGCAUCCACAACCCAGUCUCUUACUCCUCUCCAUUUAGUUUUGCUCUCUUCCACUUUCCCUUAGUUUGAUCAGUCCUCUGCUCUGCUUGUAUUUCCAACAUGAUCUCCUGUCAGCUUUUUCCCAACAUUAUCUGGUUUUCUUUGGAAGAAAAUAUUUACAUGCACAACAAAGUUUAAAUCUUGCAUAUAUGAUGGUGAUGAUAACAGCAGUGUAACACAUGUAUCGAUAUCUUAAAUAUUGUGACAUACUAUAUGAACAAGAGCAAUGCAUGCUUUA